AUGAGCAACUUCGAAACUCCAUCAUCAGCUCUUCAAGCAAGCGCAGAGAAGUACCCCAAUCGCGCUGUGCUGAAGAUACCAAACCAAUCACCUGAAGGAUUAGUCUUCAAGGACGUCACUUUCACUCAGUUCAGAAAGGAUGUUGAGUUAUCUGCAAGAUAUUGGAAGAAUCGGAUUUCUCAAGUAGGAGCCAAGGACAGGGCGGUUGUUGGUGUCUGGCUCAAAGGCUAUUCUUACUCUGAUGCAGUCCACAUCUGGGGCCUGAGCUGGGCAGGCUACAUCCCUCAGUUGAUUUCCCUCCGGAUGACUGACCCGACUGUCGUCUAUGAGCUACUGGAAACUGGCCAGGCAGUGGCUUUGGUCUAUGAACCAGACUUUGAAUUGAUGCUUCAGAAUGCACCCUUGCCAAUCUUCCCUCGAGGUGAUGACUGUCUGGAAGGGAGCCUAGAAGAGUUGUCCCCUGGGGCUCCUUGGCAACCUGCCAAGCCUGACGACGUACUGUUUAUCUAUCAUACUUCUGGAUCGACCUCAGGUAUCCCAAAGCUUGUGCCAGACACGGCAAAAUGGGUAGACCACAUCAUUCGAAAGUCUGGAACCUGGGAAGCCAGAUGCAACAUGUCCAGAGAACGUAUGAUUAGCUUGCAAAUCGGGAGCUUCUGCCAUAUGGCCGCAUCUUUCAUCUUGUGGUUCGCGGUGAGAGAAGGCUCUUGUGUCAUCUUACCAAGUGUAUUUCCCCAGCCCAUCUCCGAGAUCAAGUAUUUCCUCGAUGAGCACGGUUUAUCUAACCUAUGUCUUUUCCCACCCUUCAUGUCCGCUAUCAUCCGGCAGGCUCGAAAAGACCCAUCCCUCCUUGCAUCACUGAAGAAGGCAGAUUGCGUGGGUUCUGGAGGGUUGGAUCCAGACCCCGCAGACGUAGCCUGGGGACGAAGCCAGGGCCUUCACAUGCCUAAUAUCCUUGGAUCUACGGAGCUUGGUAUGCCUAUGCAAUCUGACGCUCGGGAGAAUACCGACUACCUACUGCUAUUGUCCGGUAGUAAAUAUGAGUUUAUUCCCAUAGGAGACAGUCUGGAGUCAGGUGAGCCACUACUGGAGCUAGUGUGUCUUCCCGAGUCACCAGAUUGUCCGGUUCCUAGUCUUUGCGCUACCGAUGGCAAAUUCUACUCGGGAGACUUGUUUAUCGAGCCUUCACCUGGUAAGUACUUGUGUAAAGGUCGGAACGACAACUGGAUCAAAAUGAAGUCGGCCCUCCGAUGUGACACCGCCUCUAUCGAGUUCAAUGUCAUGGAGACUUGUGGCGACGAUUUGGUCAAUGCUGUUGUCGUGGUAGGUGUGGGACGACCCUGCCCGACUAUCAUGGUCGAGCCGAAGAGCAAUUCAAUCAUGAACCCUAGGGAAGUUGAUGACUCGGACUCAGUGGAGAAGCUGAAGAGGGAAAUAUUGAAGAGGAUCGAGCCAUUUCACAAGAGGCGAUAUGAGCAUGAAAGGGUGGGUGACACAAGGUACAUCAUCGUUGUUCCCCAAGGAUCCCUGCCUCGGACUAUCACUAAGGGAAAUGUGCGCCGAAAAGAGGUUGAGAAAAUGUAUGUGUCAACUUUAGAUACUUUAUACGCGGUGUGA